CCAGCCCCACCCCCACAUGACCUGUCCCCUCCCUAACCCCGCCUCCUCUCCCCAGUUUGACACACUGGCCCACCUGACACCCUCAGCCCUCCCACCAAUCUGAUACCUCUAGCUCCCGAGCCGAACUCCCCAGCUUUCUCAACCCGACUUCCCUCCACAUCAACGCUAUCCUUGUUCAGAUCCUCCAUCUCCUACCCUAUUAAGUAUUAAACUACAAAACAUUCUGAAUGCAGUCCCACUUUCAAGCCAACUUCUGCCCUGUAAAUGCCCCAGAUCCUGCAGUGGGGCCGCAUUGCCUUGUAUGACGUCAUAUAUGAUCUCUCACAUAGAUGGAAAAUAUCUCAUGUUGAAGAAAAGCCUGAUAGUUACUCCUGGCCAAUGUUUAUUCCCGCAAUUCACAUCACAAAACAGGUUAUCUACUCAUUACCAUGUUUGUGGGAGCCUGUGCAUUUCUUUCAUUACAAUGGCUAAAUUUAAAAAUUACUUCAUUGAAUGUAAACUAUAUUGAGAUGUCUUGUGUUCAUGCUAUAUAAAUGCAUACUUUCUGUUCAACCAUCCUAAUCAUGGAUAUACAGGCAGCCUAGUUCACUUACUCUUCUCCCUAAUUACUGAAAAACUGCCUUUAUGCUGGCCUUUCAUGAUUCCCAUCCUCAUGCCUCAUCCAAAUCCCAAAACUCUGUCCUACAGCUUCCUCACCAUCGCCUUAACCCUCCCACCAUCUCUACUGAUUGUGAUGUUUAUCCCAUUCACAAUUACUCCCACUGACUGUAACCCCUGUUUCUACUCAUUGUAAACCUCAUCUCAAAUUCACCAUGACACUUGACCUGUCUGUUCUCUGCUUGUGCCCCGACUCUCAAACAACACUACUGCCCCAACCGAGCUGUACCCAUGCUGAUGCCAUUUCCUGUAAAUCUAAUCCAACAUCAGUUAACAUCCAUCUUGUGCUGUUGACAGAACUCAAUUUGGGAAAUAAUUCCUUUGAAGCACUUCCAGAAGUUCUGAAACAUCUAAGACAAUUAAGGAAGCUCCACUUGUUUGAUAACAAACUCGAAGCAUUAUCUCCAAAUGUAUUGGAAUGUUUAGAAAACCUAACUUUCUUGAACCUGAAUAAAAACAAGUUGACAACCUUGCCUGAAGAGAUAUGCAGGCUGGCACAGCUCAAAUAUCUUACUGUGAACAACAACCAACUGGAGAGCGUUCCAAGCAAACUUUGUCUCCUACAACAUCUUUGUGAACUACAUUUAGCACACAAUAAACUCAAAUCACUUCCACAUGACAUUGGAUAUUUGACUAAUCUCAAGAAGCUUUCUGUGCCAAGGAAUGAAAUCCAGGUGCUCCCUGAAGAACUGUGUGUACUAAGAAACUUGAAAGUAUUAGAUGUUGCUGGAAAUCAAUUACAUAUUUUCCCAACAAAGGAGAUGUGUAAAAGCAAGAGUGCAAAACACUUCCCACUACACUGUCAAGCUGUUGACAAAAGCUGUCCACGUGACCAAAGAAAUUUACUGUACCUUAAACUGGAAGAAUUCUACUACGAACAGAAUCCUCUUUUGGAAAAAGAUCUUAUUACGUCAACACAAAUGAAUGAAGUUUUAACUCUUCAGGAAAUUACAGCACGCUAUAUCUUGAAUGGACUGAGUGGUAAUUCACUCUCUGAAGCUCUUGAACAUUAUCCAGAAGCAAGAAAAAUAUUGGCUCAUGCAAGUUUGUGCGCUGUAUGUAAACGUAGCUUUCUGAACACCUGGCUUGAAUGUGUGAGCUUUGUUGAUCUAGCAAAGAAAAUUAGCAUAACUAGUCCUGUUCACGUUGUUCCCAUCCGAGCGUUGCUUUGUUCGUACAAAUGUUUUAAUGAAUCAGGUCAUCAGUUCUAUGGGAUAGCAAUUCCGUAAAUCAGGUCAUCAGUUUUUAUGGGAUAGCAAUUCCAUGAGUAGUAUAACAAAACAACAUGAAGAAAUGAAGACCAACUUCAUGAACUGCAGAUAACAUAUGUUUUGGGUUGUGUUUUGAGGAACUCACAAUGAUAAAGAAUAGACUAUUUGCAGAUUUACAGAUAACAUAUUUCCAAAACAGGUGGUUCUGCUAUUACGCGGUAGUUGCAUUCUUGUGCAACCCUAUGCUAUACAAAAAUUGCACAAUACAAAUACACUUAAAGUCUUGGUGAUGUAAUCACCUUAUAGCCAACUCACGCUUUAAAAGUUCGCGUUUUAAUACAAGCAUUUCGCAUUCAUCUAAUCGCAUUACAGCCAAUUUGCGUUAAUGAAAAAUGCGUCAUAGCAGAACUAGCUAUAUUCUCAAUCCAUUGAGUACAACAUUCAUUUUAUAUGAUUCUUGUUUCAAAAAUGCCAUUUUUGUUCAGUUUUAAUGUUAACUCAUUAGUGAUUCACUUUUUGGGAGAAUGAAAAUGUGCAAGUUCCUGCUUCGAGUAUCUGUCAUGUUUUACCUACAAUAGAAUUUUUCUUUUGUGUCUGCCUCUUGAUGAAUAGGAAGUAGAGCACAGAAUUCAAGAUGCACAUGCUAAGAUGUGUUACAUUUAUUCCAUUUUAAUCGUGAUUUGUGUCAUGUUGGACUUGUCUACAGACACCGAUGAGGUGAUUUGUAGUGCUUUUUGUGGUGUUAUAACCUCAAAAACAAAUCAAAGAACAUUCUGUUUACAGAUAUCUUUGCAGUUAUCCUUAUAUUUUUACUAAAAAUUGUUUUCUAGAUAAAUUGGCUAGAGCUACCUAGAAUAUAUUUGUUCUCGUCUAAAGUGCUUACUACAACGAAGGCCAGCCUUCUUUGUACUCCAGUGUUGCACUCCAAGAAUACAUGGGCAGUUUUGAUGAAAAGAAAGUAAUAUAUUCCUCCUUCAGAAAAAAACUUUAAUCUGACCAUCUAUUCUUCCUUCCCUCCUUUGAUUUCCAACUUACUAACUCCUCAGGAAAUGGAAGACUGAGUUGGAGCAUCAGACUCUGGUGUUUCUCACAUUUUUCAGCUACAUCAGAGACAAGAGAAAUUGUGGAAUGAUAUUAAAGUUGCCCAAGAGAACUCUAGCUGUGGCAUACCACCUUUUGUAAGAGUUCAAUUUUAUGUGAAUCUAAAAAAAGGAGAAAAUCAAUACAUAUCUUGCAGAUAUCUUUCUGGGAAAUCACAAGAUUAGUGGGUAAGGAAAAUGGCAUUUUUGAUUAAGCCAUAUCGAAAUGGGCUGGAUGUGAUGCAUUAAUUAGACUACCUGAGUACCUUCUUCAUGUUUGUAUUUUAUCAGAUAAAAGAAUGAUCACAAACUAGACAAGCUAUAGAAUGGUUUAGCUCAAAAGAAACCAUGCCUGUGCUAGUACUUUGAAAGAUCCAUUCAACAAUAUAACAACAGAAAAUGCUGGAAAUACUCAGCAGGUUAGGCAGCUUCUGUGGAGAGAAAAGAAGUUAAUGCUUUGUGUCAAUGAUGACCUUUCAUCAGAACUGGACUCAAGGAUUCAUAUUAACCUGAGGCACGAACUCCAUUUCUAGCCUUUUUGGUACUCCUUUCCUCAACCUGCAAUAUUCUCGUUUUGUGUUAGUCCCAGUCUGCACUUUCUCUAGUCCUGCAUAUUUUCUCCCUCCAAAAAUUUUACAAUUCAAC